ACUUCUUCAGCAUCUCCGUUUGUUGCCUACAUUUUUACAGAUCAGUCUAUUUUACGAGUUUUAUCUAGCCUUUUGGUCAUUGUAAAUGUAAAUUUAAGUCCUUCAACUACUCGGUAUUUCGACGAUAGAGUCCUUUGUGACUACUGCAAUCGGAUCCAUGGAGAUCGCCGUCGCCGUGAGGCCCUUCGGCCGUUUCCUCGCCGCCCAUAUCUUGCCUUCGUGUUUUUCCCCCGGUGCUGACGGCGUCUUCUUAGUUCAAGGCCGCUUCUUCUCGAAGCGUCCCAUCGGCGUUCCUCGGCGCCGAUUCGCCUCCUCAUGUGCCCGCGCCGCCGUGGCCCCCGCGAAGGACGAGACUGGGGUCUCGGAUUUUCGCAGGCUCUCCACUGCUGCAGGGCCUCUGCAGUCUGGAAGUGAUCGACCCUUUGAGCGAAUCCUCGUCCAGGGCUUCUCCGCCGUGAAGCCGCUGGUGAUCGAGCGCGUGGAGUCGGAGAAUGAACUUCUGACAGUGCUGGUGGUGGAAAAGGAGGAGGAGGAAAUGAAAAGAGUAGUACUAACGGUCGCCGAGGAGGGGAAGGAGACGGCAGUUGAGAAGGAGGCUUGGAGGUUGUUGAACGAUGCGGUGGUGAGCUACUGCGGGAGCCCAGUGGGAACGGUGGCCGCCAACGUUCCGGCGGUUGAAGCCCUCAACUACGAUCAGGUCUUCAUCAGGGAUUUCGUGGCGUCGGCGAUCGCCUUCCUCCUCAAGGGGGAGACUGAAAUCGUUCGAAAUUUCCUCUUGUACACCUUGCAAUUGCAGAGUUGGGAGAAGACUGUAGACUGCUACAGCCCUGGACAAGGGUUGAUGCCUGCAAGCUUCAAGGUUCGAAGUGUGCCCAUGGAUGGAAGAAAGGAUGAAGUUGAGGAGAUACUUGACCCUGAUUUCGGUGAAUCAGCCAUUGGACGAGUUGCUCCAGUAGAUUCUGGAUUGUGGUGGAUCAUAUUGCUAAGAGCUUACGGGAAGAUCACUGGGGAUUAUACAUUACAAGAGAGAGUGGAUGUCCAGACUGGCAUUCGAUUGAUCUUAAACUUGUGCUUAUCUGAUGGAUUUGAUAUGUUCCCUACUCUACUUGUUGCCGACGGUUCUUGCAUGAUAGAUCGACGAAUGGGAAUUCAUGGACAUCCUCUUGAGAUCCAAGCUUUAUUCUACUGUGCUUUGCGUUGCUCACGUGAGAUGAUUGCCUCUGAUGAUGGAUCCAGGAGCCUGCUGCUUGCUGUUAACAAAAGGCUCACGGCACUAUCAUUCCAUAUCAGAGAGUACUAUUGGGUUGACAUGAAGAAGAUCAAUGAGAUUUAUCGCUACAAAACUGAAGAAUACUCCCAAGGUGCUACUAACAAAUUCAACAUCUAUCCGGAGCAAAUUCCUAGUUGGCUAGUUGAUUGGAUUCCUGAAAAAGGUGGCUACUUGAUCGGGAACCUUCAGCCAGCUCACAUGGAUUUCAGGUUCUUCUCACUGGGCAAUCUAUGGGCUAUCACUUCAUCUUUAACCACUCCGAGACAAGCCGAGGAGAUUCUGAACCUGAUGGAGAAUAAAUGGGAGGAUUUCGUUGGGAAUAUGCCUCUGAAGAUAUGUUAUCCUGCGUUAGAAUAUGAAGAAUGGCACAUAAUUACUGGAAGUGAUCCGAAAAAUACGCCUUGGUCAUAUCAUAAUGGUGGAUCAUGGCCUACCCUACUAUGGCAGUUCACAUUGGCUUGCAUCAAGAUGGGCCGGCCUGAAUUAGCUCGUAAAGCUGUCUCUGUAGCUGAGAAAAGGCUUUCGAACGAUCAAUGGCCUGAAUACUAUGACACCCUGACUGCAAGAUUCAUCGGUAAACAAUCGCGGCUGUAUCAAACAUGGACAAUUGCUGGGUUUCUGGCAUCAAAGUUGCUACUGGAGAAUCCAGAAAUGGCAUCCAUAUUCACAUUUGAGGAAGAUAUGGAACUACUGGAAGGCUGUGCCUGCAGUCUGACAAACCAUCCUCGUGCCAAAUGCUCACGACGCGUUCCAAAAGUGCAGGUCCUCGUAUAACUUGUCGAAGAUACACAACCAUUCUUUGAUGCUUGUACUGUAUAUAAGAAAAAGGAAAACCAUAGAUGGAAGAGGGAUCCACCUCCAUACAACAUUGUUUCCUCAUUGUGGUAUGCUCUUUUUUUGUUGAGCUACCAUGAUGGUGAUUGUGUAUCAGUGAUGUCUAAAAGAUUUGGCCUUUGUAAUAAAAAAUUAGAUGUAUGUUUUGAUGACACAUUGAUUCAUAUAACUUUUCUUUUUUAUGUUCA